AUGGCCCGCGUCCUCCCCGCGUCCUCCCGCCGCGGAGCGGACGGGCCACAGGUGGUGCGGGCGCCGCUCGCCGCCGGGAAAUGCGAGCUACCUGGGCAGGACUCCCAGGAGCCCUCCACACCCAGCUAUGUGCUGAAGGCGGCGCUGGGCAAGAAGGGGAAGGUGGCCCUGGCGUGGCCGCCGCUGUCCCGGUCCUGGAAGAGGGACCGUGAGCAGGCUCUGGCCGCAGCGUACAUGCCGGUGGUGGUGGACCUCAGGGGCCAGAGCCAGGACAAGUUCACCUUCAACUUCUACACCUCCCAGUACCCCAACACCCUGAGCCCCUUCUGCACCAUGCAGAAGCCCACGUGCGGCUACCUGUACCGCCGGGACACGGACCACACCCGCAAGCGCUUGGACAUGCCUCCUGCCAACGCGGUUCUGUGGCGGUCCUAG